GAUGUUGGUUGCAAUUUGCAAGCAUAAUGUCAAGUUACAAUUAAUAGGGUCGGUCCUGUAUAACCAUAAAUUUAUAACAAUAGAGAAUCUCUUUUAUUUAACCAAUGAAACUGCAUUAUAUAUAUCAAGUUAAGCUUUAUCUAAACAGAAAUAUCUCUAAGGUGUGGCUCAACUUGUUCCUCGUGGCCUCAUCCUCGUAAGUCCAAAUACUACGACGUGACUUUUCACAACUCACACAGUCGGUGAAUGAUCACUUUAAUUAUUAAGCAAACAAGAAAGUCACAACAACCUCACACCAAAGAGAAAAAAGAAGAAAACUGUGACAGAAAAUGGGGAUAGUGGAAGAAGCACACAACGUGAAAGUUUUAGGAACAGGAAAUAGGUUCAUUGUUCUAGCUCAUGGUUUUGGUACGGAUCAAUCCGUAUGGAAACACUUUGUACCACAUCUCGUCGAUGGCUUUCGUGUUGUUCUUUAUGAUAACAUGGGUGCUGGUACUACAAACCCCGAGUACUUUGACUCCGAGCAUCAUUCAAGCUUAGAAGGUUAUGCUUAUGAUUUACUGUCAAUUCUAGAAGAGCUUCAAGUUGAGUCUUGCAUAUUUGUCGGUCACUCGGUUUCAGCAAUGAUUGGUGCUAUAGCUUCUAUUUCUCGACCUGAUCUCUUUCUUAAACUCAUCAUGGUUUCUGGCUCACCGAGAUACUUGAACGAUGUGAAUUACUUUGGAGGAUUUGAGCAAGAAGAUCUGAAUCAGUUAUUCACUGCUAUGUCAGAAAAUUACAAAGCAUGGUGUUACGGGUUUGCUCCUUUGGCGGUAGGGGGAGACAUGGAUUCUGUGGCGGUACAGGAGUUUAGUCGAACUUUAUUUAAUAUGAGGCCGGACAUAGCUUUGAUAGUGUCGAGGACGAUUUUUCAGAGUGAUAUGAGACAGAUUUUGAAGCUUGUUACUGUUCCUUGUCAUAUUAUACAGGCGGAGAAGGAUAUGGCGGUUCCGGUGAUGGUUUCGGAGUAUUUACAUCAACAAUUGGGUGGUCAGUCGAUUGUGGAGGUUAUUGGGACGGAUGGUCAUUUGCCGCAGUUAAGCUCGCCGGAUGUUGUUAUUCCGGUGUUGCUUAAACAUAUUCAACUUAAUAUUGAGCCAAUAAGCUGUCAGAGAAACUAUCACACUUUCCAAAACCAAGAGGCUUCUUCAACAAACACAACAAAUGCAGAUGUUUCCUCGUUGAUGAAACUUGAGGCAGAUUUGUAAUUUGAAAUCCCAUUAUAGGCCCAUUGGUGUAGCUAGUAAGGCACAAGAUGAAGGAAGUGGCAUUAAGAAGAUGUAACUCAUGAACAAUGUUAUGGUGGUGUAUCUUUCGUGUGAAUCAUAUUUGAAGAUGUAACUCAUGAACAAGUCAAAUAUGACAUUAUUCGUCAAUGUUAAUUAUUAUGGUUUCGGAUUUGAUA